UUGUCACAGCUGACUUUGGCUAGCCGUCGAGUUAAUGCUCUUGCUGUCACCUUUUGACUCCUUGGCUACCUUUUUGCUUCUUUUAGGUCAGCGUCUUCCUCACCUCUUCCUAGCCUCAUUUUCUAUUUAUUCAGACCAAGAAACCUUGGCCUUGGACGCUUGUCUUAGCUCUUCCAAGAAAGACGCCAAAGAACUUCUGGAGACAAAGAAGACCUAUUAGUUUAGCAUCUGAAGAAAUUUACAAGACUUUCAACGAGAAGGAAACGAAGGUGAAAUGGGUAGGCCUCCUUGUUGUGACAAAGAGGGGAUCAAGAAAGGACCAUGGACUCCUGAAGAAGAUAUCUUAUUAGUCUCUUAUAUUCAAGAACAUGGCCCCGGCAAUUGGAGGGCUGUUCCUACCAAUACAGGGUUGCUUAGAUGUAGUAAGAGUUGCAGACUUAGAUGGACUAAUUACCUGAGGCCAGGGAUCAAACGUGGUAACUUUACAGACCAUGAGGAGAAGAUGAUAAUCCACCUUCAAGCUCUUUUGGGCAAUAGAUGGGCUGCCAUAGCUUCAUACCUCCCGCAAAGAACAGAUAAUGAUAUUAAAAACUAUUGGAACACCCAUUUGAAGAAGAAGCUGAAGAAGCUUCAAACAGGCUCAGAAGGCCAUUCCAGAGAUGGGUUCUCAGCUUCACAACCAAUGGCCAGAGGUCAGUGGGAGAGAAGGCUCCAAACUGACAUCCACAUGGCCAAGCAAGCUCUUUGCGAGGCUCUCUCCCCAGAGAAACCAAGCUGCUUCCCUAACACAAUACCAGCUCAAUCAUCAACCUAUGCAUCGAGCACUGAAAACAUUGCCCGCUUGCUCAAAGGUUGGAAGAGAAAUUCCCCAAACCCAGCGAUGACUCAAAACUCAUUGAACAACAUGAGCGGGACUGAUUCUGUAUCCAGUGAGGGAACUCCAAGCAAGGCAAACGACAACGGUUUUGAACUGUCCGAGGCAUUUGAAUCUCUGUUCGGUUUUGAGUCCUUCGACUCUUCAUAUUCUGAUACAUCACAGUCCGUGUCACCUGAGGCAAGCCUUUUCCAAGAUGAAAGCAAGCCGGAAUCUGGUGCCCAGCUGCCGUUGUCAUCGCUUGAGAAGUGGUUGUUUGAUGAAGGUGCCAAUCAGGGGAAAGAUUUCCUUGGUGAUAUCACAAUAGAUGACCAAGCUAAUUUUUUCUAAGAUGAUUGUUGUUUUGGGGCUUUUUGGGGCUCCUUUUUGUUCUAGGUAUUGAACUACUUGAAUUUCACAGUUGCCUUGGCAGAGGUAGUCUGUUUCCCACUCUAGUGCUAGAACAGAAGUGUAAAUUUCGAAUUAUUGUGUUAAAUGUCUUGAUCGAGAAUAAAUUUCUAGUCUUGUAUCGGUUCCCAGUGAAAUGAUUUAUAUGUGAAAUCUAA